CAGGUACAUCAGCUGUCCUCCUGCUGCAGAGAUGGUGCAAGCAACUCCCUUGCUGCUGGUGCUCUUCCUGGCCCUGGGGGCUCAUGGCCUCGCUGCGAAAAAGUGUGAGCUGACUGGGAAAUGGAAGAAUGACCUGGGCUCCAACAUGACCAUUAAUGAAAUAAAUGGUGGAAAUGGUGAAUUCAACGGCACCUACUUCACAGCUGUGUCAGCCUCCCCAGAGCCGAUCAAGAAAUCACCACUGGUGGGGUCCCAGCACUUCCCAAAACUGAGCCAGCCCACCUUUGGUUUCACCGUCAACUGGAACUUUUCAAAUACUGUCACUGUUUUCACGGGCCAGUGCUUCGUGGAUGAGCAUGGAGAGGAGGUUUUGAAGACCAUGUGGCUGCUGAGGUCACAUGCGGAGAAACCUGGAGAUGACUGGAAAGCCACCUUGUAA